UGUGACUAAACCACGUGCUAUGCACAUAAAGCAUUAAUGGGAAAGAAGUCAAGGAAACAGCAAGAAUCAGAGGCUAAACAGAAGCUCUGCCACGCUCUGAGUGACAAAGGAGUCGUAAGAUUAAUAGACAGCCUUUUGGAAAGGACAUCAAAGUUUUCUCCUGGUUCUACUGCUAAUCCAAAUGCCAGUACAUGGGAAGAAUAUGAUGCUAUAGUUAAACUUGUGCACGCCAUUGAACAGCGUCAAGGCCCUUCUCCUAUGCCUCUUCCACCUAGGAAGGACUCAGUUGAUGAGUUUGUGACAUGGCUUACGUCAAACGGUGCCAAAUUUGAGAAAGUUGAAAUAAUGGAGUGUCCUGGUGCCAUGGGUUACGGCCUAAGGGCACGAACAAGUAUCAAGGAAGAGGACAAAGUCUUAGAGAUACCGAAUUCUCUUUUCUUCUCAAAAGAGAAAGUGAUGUCUGUGGAGAUGGAAGGAUUGGUCCGGUUAGAGCCACUCCUCUCAGCAAUGCCUAAUCUCGUGUUGGCUUUAUUGCUAUUGAAUGAAAGAUACUCACUCUCAUCUUUCUGGAAACCCUACAUAAAUGUACUUCCAAACUCAUUUAAUUUGCCACUCUUCUUUAAUAAGGAGGAUCUACUAGAAUUACAAGGCUCACCAGUAUUAAUGGAGUGCAUCAGUCAAGUAAGGAAUAUUGCAAGAUUAUACGCCAUCCUUCACAAGCAACUACGAGCCUUCUCCAAUUUCUCUCUCCCCAUAUGCACUGUCGGGUUUCAUCUCAUUGAUUUCAAGUGGGCGGUGAGUUGCGUCAUGUCACGUCAGAACAAAGUCCCAGUGAGUCGGUCGUUGUCUCAUCUUUAUAAAGAGAACCAGCUGGUAUUAAUACCGCUGUGGGACAUGGCUAAUCAUACUCAAGGAAGAAUUUUAUCAGAUUUUGACACUGACACGCAAGCCUGCAUUUCUUAUAGCAUGUCUGAUUUGUCCCCUGGGGAUGAAUUCAGGAUAUUUUAUGGCCCCAGGGGUAACGGUGACAUGAUACUUAAUCAGGGAUUUGCUGUAGAGGAUAAUGAAUAUGAUUACGUGAAGAUAUGGAUUGGAGUGAGUAGUGCCAGCAAUGACUGCAUUAAGAGAAUGGUCAAGAGGCUCAGAUUCACAAUGCUGAGUACAUUUUCAGUGGCACAGGGUGACUCGCCGUUCAAUGAAGAGCUAAUUGCUUUUGUGCGAUUACUAACGACACCAGAGGAAGAGAUGAAGAAAUGGGAGGAAGAGAAGAGAACUGAUGAACAAAUAAAGGAAAUAUUGAACAGGAAAGCCUGGGUACAAGGAGACCAGAGAGUAAUGGAGUUCCUGGAGAAGAGAUGCCAGUUGCUCCAGCUGCCCUAUAAGACAACCAUUGAGGAAGAUAAGGAAUUGUUAGCAAGUGACAGAGUCACAGGAAGAACAAGAAACAGCAUCAUUCUGAGAUUAAUGGAAAAACUGAUAUUAAAAAAUGCCUCUGAAGUUGCUGCCAGUUUGAAGGCUAAAUUAGAAGGAGACGGAGUAGAGGAGAUUGCGUGGAAAGGAACUAACGAUGCAAAGAAAUUAAAAAAAGACGAUGACAAAUUGGAAGAGACGAAAGAUGAAGGGGUAACUGCUUCCACUGAAAACGGAAAACUUGAAAAUGGAAAGAUGGAAGAAAUCAUGAAGAUUGAAGAAACUGAACUGCCUUUAAAAGAGAGCAAGAACACUGAUGAUGCAGAACAAGAAGAAGCAGAUAGCAAGUAGACAUUUCUACAGACUGAUGAUCCAUUAAAAUUAUUAUUAUUUUAUCACAAUUAUACAAUGUGUGUGGCCAUUUCACCACUUUACUGAUCAUUUAUAAGGGUAGCUUAAUCAUCUCUAUCAUUGUUUAUUACUAUUAUUAUUAUUAUUAUUAUUAUUGGUGUUAAAUUAUGUUCGUUUUCCUUUCCUAAUUGCUAAAUAAACUAACAGUCCGCCUAA